AUGGCAGAGACGUUGAAGCAGUGGAAUGAGGACGCCUCAUUGUGCUGUCAGCUGGACAGCCUGAAAAGAUGUCCACAGUUUGAUAUCAAGCUUGAACGCCUGAACUUCAGCAGGUGUCACACUGUCCUCAUAGACGUGGAGGCUUUCAACUGUGGAGCAGGACUCAUUCCUCUGGACGGGCGAGACCUGUGGCACAGAAACUUUGUGAAGAUGCCCUGUUCACCGUCAUCAACACUGGAUUCAAGUGUAAAGACCAAAUUAAAAAGAAAUAUUUUGGGUUUCAAAUUACCCAGCCAGGUGCAAAGGUGGAACAUAAUCUCUGAGCAACUGAAUGCUCUCGCCAGUAAGAAAACAGCAAGUGCUGAAGAAGUGGUGAAAGCCAUCCUCAAAUACAAUCCCAAGUACAAAGGUCAGUGGUCGAUUGAUGGCCUAGUCAACUUUGUUAAGGUCAACAAUUACUUUGAGAAACUGUUUCCGAAGAUUGCUGCCUUGGCCUUGAAGCUGCCUGAGCAAGUGAAAAAGGCUGUCCCGUUGCUUCAGAAGGGACAGCCUGCAGCCAUCACUCUGUCACAGGUCCAGAUUUCCUGCCUGCUGGCAAAUGCCUUCUUCUGUACAUUCCCUCACCGCAACACCUCCAGACCCGACACAGAAUACCACAACUACCCAACCAUUAACUUCACCAGGUUGUUCACAGACCAGUCGAAGUGUAAAAUCGAGAAGCUGAGGGCCAUUAUGCAUUACUUCAACGUGGUGUUAGAUGAGAAAACUCAACCUAAAGGGCUGGUGACGUUCGAGAGGUGUUGCCUCAGAGACACAGACCUGCCCAACUGGAGAAAUUGUAAGGAGACGCUACAGAAACUGCACCUGACGUCCCAGGGCAGCAUCGAGGCUGAUGGUACGGGGAUGCUUCAGGUGGACUUUGCCUCCAGCUGGAUUGGUGGGGGUGUUCUUGACUCAGGUCUAGUCCAAGAAGAGAUCCUGUUCCUCAUGAAUCCAGAACUGAUUGUGUCUCGCCUUUUUACUGAGAAGCUUGCAGACAACGAAUGUCUCAUCAUAACAGGCUCAGAGAAGUUUAGCCAGUACUCGGGUUAUAGCAGCAAGUUUGAGUGGGCAGGACCUUAUGAGGACAACCUUCAAAGAGAUAAAUGGGCUCGACUGAACAGACAGAUCCUGGCGAUCGAUGCACUGCACUUCAAACACAGAAGAGAUCAGUACAACAUGAUGAGAGUCACUCGGGAGCUGAAUAAGGCAUACUGCGGGUUUAAAAACCACCAUGGGCUUAAAGGGCCAGACAUCGCCACAGGAAAAUGGGGUUGUGGAGCAUUCAAUGGAGACCCACAACUCAAAGCUGUGAUCCAGCUAAUGGCAGCAGCAAGGGCAAGGAGGGGUUUGGCAUUCUUCACAUUUGGAGAUGAAGAACUGAGGAGAGGACUGCAGCAGAUCUACGGGCUGCUAGUCACAGAGGAGACAACAAUUGAAUUAUGA